AUGGCCUCAGACAUCCGAACGCUUCCGAGCGUGCACGGAGACGCGAGUGUGGCUACACGCUUCCCCUCUCCCUGUAUGCCCAAGAAUCCGGGCGGCCUCGUCGGCCUACCGGGCGAACUUUUACUAGCUAUCGUAUCCAUGGCGCUGCCAUCAAACCAGGGAACGUCCUCAUUUACCGCCGACGAUUACAAGCAGUUCGCCGUCGCCGCCCAGACGUGCCGACGCAUGAACCGCCUAGUCGUACCAUUCAUGUAUUCAAGGCUGUCUCUGCGGGUUGGAGUGUCCCGUCAUCCUCUGGAUGAGUCGUCUAGCCUCGAUGGCACAGGCGCUCUUCGGAAGCUGGGGCGAAGUUUCAAAGAGAAUCCUCAUCUUCGGGAACAUUGCUUUCAGCUUGCGAUAUCAGUGGAAGCCCGUCGUCGCUUGCCCAGCGUUGAUCCAGAGCAAAACAACCUAGGCCGACCGUUCCCUGCAUCUACCCUUCACGAGAACGACGCUAACGACAUCGAAGCAACCCUCGAAAUUAUUCCUCUUCUCGCGAGGGUUAGGACCUUAUUGUUGUAUGGCUACCUAGAUGACUACCGGGAGAUAUGGGGAGUCCUUCGAGUAGCUGUGGCUCAAAAACCCAGCCUGAGGACCGUCAUGUGUUACCAUUUUGGACGAAAGACGGAGCCUGCACGAGGCCCCAUACGCGAAUUAUUUUCCAGUGCUCCUAACCUAGGAUACCUAGGCCUGCAUCGGAUAGAAGAAAGUGAGGAAUCUGUUGGGUAUACGGGGGAUACCCCUCACGAGAAGCCGCUCACCUCUUCCCAAAGUCUGAGUGUAGAAGAUCGGGCGGCAGAACUUGAAGUCGUACGCCGCCUGCUUUCCUGGCCCGCGCAAAUAGGGUAUUUAACCCUUAAGCCCAAUACCGACGAUGCCUCGCCCCAGCUCCCAUUUGGGCUAGGGGGGUUGAUGCCCAUCUUGACAAGACACAAGACGCACUUGCGGAGACUUCACAUUGGGAAGACCUCCCUAGAGGGCCUUGGAGGUUUCGACCUGACGGGGCUCGAGAAUCUCGAAGUACUGAACCUAUCCCGCUGGGCCACGGGCAACAGGGCGGAAACCCAUGCUGGGCUCUUGGCGCCUCGCCUCCGGAUUUUCACGUGGACCUUUACGUCUGAUGACAUUUCCCGCGAGCUCAACGCUCCCGACAUCUUUCAAGAGGCCGAAGAAGCGUGGAUCAAGGGUUUCAUCAACCAUGCGACCUCUCGCGGGGUGCCGCUGAAGGAAGUGAGACUGGCCUACCACCCCAGAAUCGAAACCCGCGAGGACCUGGAAGCGCAUGCUGUCUGGGAUCGUAUCGCCGUCCUCGCCCAGGAUUUUAAGGACUCUGGCGUCUGUGUGACGUGUAAGCCGUCAAAAGAAGAUGUCGUAAAGGCUUUUCUACGCUCGGAGAAGGUGGGGACUAAAUCAUGA